CUAUGUUUAAAUUGUCAGACUAUAUUCUGGUCAUGUUUAAGUAAAGAACUCCAGUCUAAUAAUAGCACAAAUCAGACAGCCCCUUUUCGCAGUGGUCAUUUGAAUCCGUGUUUCGUUAGCAGCUGUCUGAAUCGUCUGUUUUUUUCCUCCAGCAGUUUUAGCGAUUCAAUGCUACAUGGCCACUUUAGCCCUUAGCGCUCCUCUUGAGGGAUAUUCUGGCGAUACCUCCAUGGCUGAGACCGGUGUACUUGUCGAAGAUCCUCAAUUCUAUGACAUUGGACAGAAAAGCCGGGCUUUGAUCGAUAAAGUGAUUCUUGCAAUUCCCGAGACACACAAGUCUUGCAUUCAUGCAGAAACUCUGACGCUAAACUCGGCCGAUGAGCACGUCAAACUGCAGUUCAUGGCGACCAAGAUUGGCAUUCCAUCUGCUCCCACUCUUAAAGCUGUGUCAAAUGACUUUCCAUUGGAAAGUGUCCUGAGACAUAUGUUGCAGGGUCUGCAACAGCAAAAGGACUUACUGCUGGCCGCUACUCAGCAUCUGCCUGCGACAGAGAGAGUGACUGAGAUGCAGGUUGAUCUCAGAGACCUUCUCAUAAAAAUCAGAAAGAUGCUGAAAAUAGUUCAGAAAGAGUCCACACAGGAGGCCCCUUCUGCCCACCUGGUCCUGAAAGUCAGUGGACAAUAUGAGGCUCAGGUGGCGAUGCACCUGACCCUGGUCCAGCUCCAAGCCUUCGGACAGGACGUUGUACGCAGUCUAAGGAACAUACUCCAGCCCAGUGAGGCGUUAGACGCACUAUAGACAUACACUCAUUGUCCGAAACGUACCUUACGCCCAUUGUUUUAGGAGGUGUUUAUUAAUUUAUACCAAACCUAUUUAUAUAUUUAUUUAUCUUAUAUUUAUUUCUUUUAAUAUAAUUGAUAAAUCUUUAUUUAUAUCGCAGUAUACAAAUUAUGUGGAUGUUUUCUACAAUGCGUUUCAAUAUCACCACUACAGUACGAGGUAGUUUAUUUUAUUGAAUAAAUUAAAAUAACCAGUGUAAGCUUUAUAAGCUAAAUUUGAAUAAGGUUGCA